AUGGAGGUUGUUUUAGGACAAAACCAAACAACUGAAAUCAAAGUCGGAGUAGUUCUUGAUCUCCAAACAAGUUUUUCCAAGAACUGCCUCACUUCUAUUAACAUGUCGCUGUCCGAUUUCUACGAGGAUCAUCCUAAUUACCGCACAAGACUUGUGCUUCACGUCAGAGAUUCCAUGCAAGAUACUGUUCAGGCUUCAGCUGCAGCCUUGGACCUAAUCAAGAACGAGCAAGUGAGCGCCAUCAUUGGACCAAGAACCUCUACGCAAGCAGAAUUUAUGAUCAAACUGGCAGACAAAUCUCAAGUACCGACCAUCACAUUCUCAGCAACAAGCCCUCUUUUGACAUCCAUCAACAGCCCUUACUUCGUCCAAGCCACUCUCGACGACUCACUUCAGGUCGAUGCCAUUGCAGCCACUGUGAAGUCCUUCGGGUGGAGAAGCGUAGUGGCCAUGUAUGUGAACGACGAGCUAGGUAAAGGAAUCAUGCUUCACCUGUCUGACGCUUUACAAGACGUGGAAGUUCAUCGAAGUGUGAUCUCUCCGGAGGCUAACGAUGACCAGAUAUAUAAGGAACUUUACAAGCUCAUGACCGAGCAGACGAGGGUUUUUGUUGUCCACAUGGCAUCAAGUCUCGGAUUCCGAGUUUUGCAGAAAGCUAGAGAGAUCGGAAUGAUGGAGGAAGGGUAUGUAUGGAUACUAUCAAAUGGAAUGACGCAUAUGAUGCGAUAUACCGACCAUGGCCGUGGCUUGGAGACUAUGCGGGGCGUGUUAGGUGUGAGGAGCCAGGUCCCCAAAUCACAAGAGCUUAAAGGUUUCCGUUCGAGAUGGAAGAGGAAGUUCGUGAAAGACGAGGAUAAUAAUGGAGAGCCAAGCGUUUACGCGCUAUGGGCUUAUGAUUCGAUCACUGCAUUGGCCAUAGCUGUGGAGAAAACCGACCUAAAGAGCUUGCGUUAUGGUAAUAGGAGCACCUUGUCAAAUAACAAGACGGAUUUGGGGACGUUAGGAGUCUCUAGGUAUGGUCCAAGUCUUAUAAAGGCCCUCUCGGAUGUAAGAUUCAAAGGCUUAGCAGGAGAGUUUCAUCUCAUUAACGGGCAGCUUGAGUCAUCAACGUUUGAGAUUAUCAACUUUAUUGGAAAGGAAGAGAGGGUUAUCGGAUCUUGGAGACCAAGCAAUGGACUCGUGAAUGCAAAGUCAAACAACACUACAGAAGAGAAGUUAGGGCAGGUGUUAUGGCCUGGAAAUUCUACACAUAUACCAAAAGGUUGGCAGAUUCCGACGAAGGGGAAGAAGCUUAGAGUGGGAGUUCCAAUGAAGAAAGGCUUCUUGAAUUUUGUGGAGGCCGAAGAAAUAGAUCCGAUCAAUAACACAACGAAACCAAAGGGUUACACCAUAGACAUCUUUGAAGCUGCUCUUAAGAAGUUGCCAUAUUCAGUCAUCCCUCAAUACUUCUGUGUCGAGUCUGAAGAUGAUGACUACAAUAAUUUGGUCUAUCAACUCCAUAACGGGAAGUUGGAUGCAGUUGUUGGAGAUGUAACAAUCACAGCGAACAGGUCUUUGCAUGCUGACUUCACGUUACCGUUCACAGAGUCUGGAGUGUCUAUGCUCGUGCCACUGAGAGACAAUGAGAACAAGAACACGUGGGUGUUCCUCCAGCCUUGGAGCUUAGACCUAUGGAUCACCACAGGUUGCUUCUUCGUCCUCAUUGGCUUUGUUGUGUGGCUGCUCGAACACAGAAUCAACGACGACUUUCGUGGACCGCCUCACCACCAGAUCGGCACUAGUUUCUGGUUCUCCUUCUCCACUAUGGUCUUUGCCCACCGUGAGAAGGUGGUAAGCAAUUUAGCAAGGUUUGUGGUGGUUGUGUGGUGCUUUGUGGUGCUAGUGCUGACUCAGAGCUACACAGCGAAUCUCACCUCUUUCCUGACAGUACAACGUUUACAACCAACGACCACAACUGUGGAAGAUCUCAUCAAAACUGGGAAGCCCGUAGGGUACCAACACGGCACGUUCGUUAAAGAUAUUCUAAAAGAUCUGAAAUUUAGUGAAACUCAGCUCAAGCCCUUUGGUUCCGCUGAAGAAUGUAACGAGCUUUUUACCAGCGGGACAAUUGUAGCAGCUUUCGACGAAGUGGCCUACCUUAAGGCUAUCAUCUCUAAGUACUGCUCCAAAUACGCCAUGGUUGAGCCUUCCUUUAAAACUGCUGGUUUUGGCUUUGCAUUUCCCAAGAAUUCACCUUUGACGGAUGAUGUCUCAAGGGCUAUCUUGAAUGUGACUCAAGGCGAUGAAAUGGAAAACAUCGAGAACACAUGGUUCAAGAAAGAAAGUGGUUGUCCUGAUCCAAAGUCAGAACUUUCGUCCAACCGUCUUAGCCUAAGUAGCUUCUGGGGUUUAUUUCUAAUAGCCGGCGUUGCUUCCUUCUUGGCAUUUCUCGUCUUCGUAACCCUCUUCUUGUACGAACACAGGCACACGCUGUGUGAUGAUUCUGUAGGUUCCUUGUGGAGGAAGCUAAAGUUUUUGUUCAGAAUAUUGGAUGCGAAAGACAUAAGUUCGCAUACGUUCAAGAACAGCGCCGUUCAUAAUGUGAGCUCGCCUAUAACUCCGUGCACUCCUAGCCCUUCCACUGUGCAGAUGAUCAGACCAUGGCCGCGAAGCAUGUCAUUAAACAGGGAUUUUGAGACAAGAAGAGCCUCUUUCUUCAUGAGGGAAGAACGUUUCACAACGCAACCGAAACAUGAUGAAGAUAGAGAAUCUGAUAUUGAGUCUGGAGCUAAACUAUAG